CCGCCCUUGGAGCGGUCCACGGCUGACCUGCACGUCCCAGAUGAACCAGGCCCUAGUUGGACCUUAUGACCCGCGCUCAGGACCACCCUGCCUUCAGACAGCUGGCCGCAUUGGUUGUUUCGUGGCUAGGAACCAUGUCUAAGGCACCAGCAGUUGGUAUCGAUCUGGGCACUACCUACUCCUGUGUAGGUGUGUUCCAGCAUGGCAAAGUGGAGAUCAUUGCCAAUGACCAGGGAAACAGGACCACACCCAGUUACGUUGCCUUUACUGACACGGAGAGGCUGAUUGGUGACCCUGCAAAAAACCAAGUUGCAAUGAACCCCACAAACACAGUGUUUGAUGCGAAGCGGCUCAUUGGACGCCGGUUUGAUGACGCCAAUGUUCAAAGCGAUAUGAAACAUUGGCCCUUCAAUGUCGUCAAUGAUAACUCGCGUCCCAAAGUUGAGGUGCAGUACAAGGGGGAGACCAAGAGCUUCUACCCAGAAGAGAUCUCCUCCAUGGUGCUGCUGAAAAUGAAGGAGAUUGCAGAUGCGUACCUUGGCAAGACUGUAACCAAUGCUGUUGUGACCGUGCCGGCCUACUUCAAUGACUCUCAGCGUCAGGCCACCAAAGAUGCGGGCACCAUCUCUGGACUCAACAUCCUUCGCAUCAUCAACGAACCGACUGCUGCGGCUAUUGCGUAUGGCCUGGAUAAGAAGGUUGGCUGUGAAAAAAAUGUCCUGAUCUUUGACCUGGGCGGCGGCACUUUUGAUGUGUCCAUCCUGGCAAUUGAAGACGGCAUCUUUGAAGUCAAGUCGACGGCAGGCAACACCCACUUGGGGGGUGAAGACUUCGACAACCGCAUGGUGAACUUCUUCAUCACCGAGUUCAAACGCAAGCACAAGAAAGACAUCAGCGGAAACAAGAGGGCCGUGCGUCGUCUGCGCACAGCUUGUGAGAGGGCGAAGCGAACCCUGUCCUCCAGCACGCAGGCCAACAUCGAAAUUGAUUCCCUGUUCGAAGGCAUCGAUUUCUACACUUCCAUCACCAGGGCCCGCUUUGAGGAGCUCAACGGAGACUUGUUCCGCGGAACUCUGGAGCCUGUGGAAAAGGCUCUCCGCGAUGCCAAGCUGGACAAGGGUGAUAUUCAUGAACUGGUUUUAGUAGGAGGCUCCACUCGUAUUCCCAGGAUCCAAAAACUGCUGCAAGACUUGUUCAACGGAAAGGAACUCAACAAGAGCAUCAAUCCAGAUGAAGCAGUGGCCUACGGUGCAGCGGUGCAGGCUGCAAUUCUGUCGGGUGACAAAUCAGAGAAUGUGCAGGACUUGCUGCUGCUGGAUGUGACCCCAUUGUCUCUGGGUAUCGAGACCGCUGGAGGAGUCAUGACUUCGCUCAUCAAGAGAAACACCACCAUUCCUACAAAGCAGACGCAGGUUUUUACCACCUACUCCGACAACCAGCCUGGUGUGCUCAUUCAGGUGUAUGAGGGUGAAAGGGCCAUGACCAAAGACAACAACAUUUUGGGUAAAUUUGAGCUGGCUGGAAUCCCCCCAGCACCCCGGGGGGUUCCUCAAAUCGAGGUGACCUUCGACAUUGAUGCUAAUGGCAUCCUGAAUGUGUCUGCAACCGACAAGAGCACCGGCAAGGAGAACAAGAUCACCAUCACCAAUGACAAGGGUCGCCUCAGCAAAGACGACAUUGAGCGCAUGGUGAAGGAAGCUGAAGAUUACAAGGCCCAGGAUGACGAGCAAAGAGAGAAGGUGUCGGCCAAGAAUGCCCUGGAGUCUUAUGCCUUCAACAUUAAGUCCACUGUGGAGGACGACAAGCUGAAGGACAAGAUCAGCGAUGAAGACAAGAAGAAGAUACUGGAGAAGUGCCAAGAGGUCAUCAGCUGGCUGGACAAAAACCAGUCUGCAGAGAAAGACGAGGUUGAGUACCAGCAGAAGGAGCUGGAGAAAAUAUGUAACCCCAUCAUGACCAAGCUGUACCAGGGUGCAGGGGGUAUGCCCGGGGGUAUGCCAGGUUUCCCUGGUGCUGGCGCUGCCUCUGGAGGAGGCGGAGCAUCUUCCGGCCCCACAAUUGAAGAAGUUGACUAAACGUUCUUUGUGUUUUCUACUGCUAAGAUAAGUGCCACUUAGGGUUAAUCGCUUUAACUUCCAGGGAUCACUACUUUUGGCUUUAUCUAUGGUCAGGCUUUCAGCUAAACUAUACUGUAAAAAAAAAUUCCUAUUUUUAUGGUUUAUUUACUCUAAAUUUCUAUGGUAAUUUUUCUAUUUUUUUUAAAUAGUUUAUAAAACUGUAGAAUUGAAAACAUUAUCUGUAAAUAAACAAUCCGCCUGUUAUUUUAAGUAAUAUGCCAGUAAUGACAAACUAUGUAUAUUUCUAUUUUUUUUUUACAGAAAAAUACCAAAUUAAUAAACCAUACCAUUUUCUGUUUUCUUAAAUUACUUUCAAAUUCAUAUAAAAUUACAGUAAUUAUAUUUCAUUAAAUAUGUAGCUUGUUAUAUAAAAGUAAAUGUCCAUACUAACAAUCUAACAGUUUUAUAUGCAAUUUUAAGGUAAAUCUUAUUUUCUUAAUAUUUGUGUAUUUUUACACUCAAGAUGAAAAAUAUAUGUAGCCUGUUAUAUAAUGAUUUAUGCUCAUACUAACAAUUUAACAUUUUUCUCUGUAAUAUGAUGGUAAUUAUCUUCAAUUAAAUAUGUAGCUUGUUAUAUUAAAGUGUACAUCCAUACUAACAAUCCUAACAGUUUUAUAUGUAAUUUUAGGGUAAAUCUGAGUUGUUGUUUUUAGUUUGUGUAGUUUUACAUUCAAAUCUGUAAUUAAAUAUGUAGCUUGUUAUGUAGAGGUUUAUGCCCAUACUUACAAUCUAACAUUUUUCUCUGUAGUGUAAAGGUAAAUCUUAUUAGUUUACUGGUACUUAUAUAGUGUGUAACAAGCCACCUGGUGAUGUCAUAGUACAUACAUUCCAAUGAAUCCGACAAAACUAAAAUAAGUAAAAGCAGGUCCCUCAAGUCAGGAAACGUGCAUUGCAAUACUCCAGGCAGGAAUUAGUUGAAGUAAAAACGAUAAGCUGUAAGCCCUUUAGGACAGCAACAUGCUUGAAAUUUUCAACCUCAAAAGAGCAUAAAGAUUUUUGCCAUGUUAGGAUUCUGAUUAUUGGAUUUGAGACUUUUUAAGAUUUGCAGGAACCCCAUCUCCAAGUACUUUGCUGGCCUGACGACACAGUAUAUAUCAGAGGCUUUUAGGACAAGGCCUUGUUCUCAUAUGAGAGGUUUCUACAUUCCAAGAUACGCUGUUACCAUUAGUUUUAUCUCCUUGAAUGUGGCAUCAAAGGGAUAUGAGGGUAUGUGGAAGGUUAUGAGUU